AUGCGCAUAGUGAUUGAAUUUCCUUUUUACCUUCUUUUAUUUCUUAAUUCAAUAGAUACAAUUAUGAAUCCAGAAAAUGAAUUACAAAAUGGUGAAGAUAAACAUUCAAGACGACCAAAAUAUACAAUAUUACUUCCAACGUAUAAUGAAGCAGAAAAUUUGCCAAUAUGUAUUUGGUUAAUUAACAAAUAUUUAAAUGAAUUAAAUUAUGAAGUACUUAUAAUUGAUGAUAACAGCCCUGAUGGAACACAAGAUAUAGCCAAAAAGCUCUGUAAUGAAUUUGGAAAUGAUAAAAUUAUUUUAUUAACUCGAGAAGGCAAGCUUGGACUUGGAAGUGCUUAUUAUGACAUUGUUACUGGAACACGAUAUUCACUUGGAGGUGGUGUUUCUGGUUGGGAUUUUAAACGCAAACUUAUUAGUCGCGGUGCUAAUUUUCUUGCACAAUUUCUUUUAGAGCCUGGGGUUUCCGAUUUAACUGGCUCUUUUAGACUUUAUAGAAAAAAUGUUUUGAAAGAUUUGGUUAAUCUUUCAAUUUCUAAAGGAUAUGUCUUCCAAAUGGAAAUGAUGUUUAGAGCAAAGAAAAUGGGAUUUUCUGUUGGUGAAGUGCCAAUUGAAUUUGUUGAUCGUUUCUAUGGAGAAUCGAAACUUGGAGGUCAGGAAAUUGUUGAAUAUCUUUUUGGACUUUUUCGAUUAUUUACUUUUGUUAAUUAA